AUGAAUUAUGAUUAUAUCGGAGUGAUAAAGGUGGAGGAUGGUAUAUUCUUAGUGGAUCAAUUUGCAUCUUAGGUAUACAGUUUCAAUUUUAUCAGGAUUUAGAAUUUAUUGUCACCAAUAAAAUUUCCAGUAUAAUAAAUUGGGCAUCAAAAUAAAUACCUAAUCACUGGGAAUCUAUAGGGAUUAUAUAUAUUUCCUUUCCUUGGAUAGAUAAUGACCAAUAAGUAUAUCUGAUUAUAUCUAGAUAAUUUUUUAAUCAGAUGAGAGUACAAACAUCGCAAUAAGAUUCAUUGAUGAUGCUUUGAUUAAUGUGGAAAGCGUGAUUAUGCUUUCAGCAAAAGGACAAAAUAGAUCUGUUUCAGUUUUAUGUGUUUAUUUAAUGAAAAAAUAUAGAUGGACUCUUAUAAGACAUUACAAUUUAUGCAUAAUCGAAGACCAGAUCUAGAGAAGAAAGCUCAUUUUUUUAAUCAACUAUUAUUAAUAGAAACUAGAUUGUAGAAAUAAGGAUAUGGAGCAAAAGCUUGUAAUUGGGAUGAAUUAUACUCCUAGGGAGAGAAUGAUGAAAUGUUAUUAAGGAACACUUAUCUAAUUUCUUAGACUUCGGGAGUAGCAGAAUUUAAGGAUCUUGAUUCCAAGCCAAAAGAAUUCAAGUUAUUUAUUUAAUUUAACUAGAUUGAAAUUUGCUGAUAAAAUUACAAUGUAAAUUCCUCCUUAUGAUAAAAUAAUAUUCUCAAAAAGUAAACUGUAUUUAAAGUUAUUAAACCCAUCAUAAAAGUUUCUGGUUCUUCGAAAUAAAUUGAUCCAAAGUUUUAGAAGGAACAAUAAUAAAAAUAAAUUACGAAUAGAAUUACAAUAUUUAUGAUUAAUAAGCUCAGAAACUAAAUUAACCUCAUCAACUAAAAUAAAGUCCCUUGUACACAUCUCCCAUUUAACCUCAAAGGCCUUCAUCAGUAUAACAAAUACGUAAAUUAUUUGAAAUAAUGUAGAAUAACAAAGAGUUUAACAAAAUAAUUUCAUGAAUUCUAGAGAUCAGUUUUUUUAAAAGUAGCAAUAAUAAAAUUAAAAUGGAUUUACUGGUUCCAGUAGACCUCAAACAGCCCCAAAUUAGUUGAAAGCCCCUAGAGUUUAAACCACUCCAUAUAAAGGGAACAUUUACUCAGGAUAGAAAUCUUAAUCAGGUAAAUAUCCAAAUUCUCAAUUUAAACCUAUGAAGUAGAGAGCAUAAUCUCCUAAGACAGUGUAUAAUGUUUCAAAUCCAUAUGUAUAAAGAGAGUUCAAAGCUAAAACUAUGAAAAUAUGA